AUGGAAGCUGCUACACAGAUCGUAUUGCUCAUGCUCUUGUUUAUCGCCACAGUCGUUCCUCUUUCCGUUUCCGGAGAAAAUUUUGACGUCUGCCGCCAUCUAUCCACCGUUACUAGAUAUCAAGUCGCUAAGGAUAUUUCUGAAAAUUCAUAUAUUCCUUCAACAAUUCCUGAUCAGUGUAGGCCUGUCCACUUAAAUCUUGUGGAGCAGAGUGUAAGUGUGGUUCCUGCAUGGCUACGUGGAUGGAAAUCUCCGUGGACAGGAAAGUAUAAAGGUGGAGAGUUGAUAAGUGAAGGAGAAAAUGAACUGUAUGAACUUGGUAUCAGGACCAGAGAAAGGUUUCCAGAAUUGUUUAAUGAGAAUUACCAUACUGAUAUCUAUCCAAUUAAAGCCACUCAGAUUUCAGGAGCCUCAGCUAGUGCUGUAGCUUUUGGCUUGUGCCUCUUCAGCGGUCGUGGAAAUCUUGGUCCGGAACGUAAUCGAGCUUUUGUAGUUACCAGUGAAAGCCGUGCAAGUGACAUAAUGUUGAGAUUCCACGAUUGCUGUCAAAACUACAAGGUAAAAUCACUUCUGAAGAGUUUGUGGGAAUGCAUUAUUGGUGUAUGCCUCUAUUACGUGCCUGCUUAUAGUACUGGUACAUGUAUGUGUAUGUGCAAUUGA